UUCCAGCCAAGAACACCCCUCAUGGCAGAGAGCAUAGUUUGGAUUAAGAGAUCUGCAUCCUAGUUUAGGUCCUGCCUGAGUUAAGCUGCACCUCUGGGAGCCUCAGUUUAAUUAUCUAGAAAAUGAAGGAUUGUUUUGUCCUUUUCAGUUUGGAGAAGCUGUACUACACAGGCCGUAGACUUAAACCCUACAGUUGCCAAGCUGGUAAUUGGAAUGAGUGAAUUGAAGUGCUUGUGAGUCUAAAGGGGGCACCUCUUUAGCUGAAUAAUGCCUUUUGAUAAUGUGGACUGUGUUUUCUAGCCUUUUUCGAGAUUAGGAAGAAAUACAAGUUUUUAUGUUAAAGAUUUGUAAAUGUCAACAAAUGAAAAUGUGGAGAAAAUAAAGGUGUAGCAACUCUGCGCUGCAAGUUUGCCAUUUCUGUGCGGUUCAUGACUGAGGUCAGCUAGGACUUUGCAGUGGGUCUGAACAUUGUGAGGAAGAGCAGAAGUUAAAAACAGACGAAGAUUAAAGCAUCCAACAAUGAUUCGAGGGAGUGAAUUCUGCUUCAAAAUACCUGUCUACUUCAGCCUACGAGAUUCCAUCUACUAAUGAAACUCAACCGACACUUGAAAACCCGGUUUAUUUCAUUAGCCCUCAUCUUCCGCCUGCUGUCUCAGCUGCGUAGCUCAACGCGGUUCCCGGGAGAUGGCGGGCGUCACCAAUUUUUACACCACCCGGGACCAUCAACGGGACUAUCUGGAGUCGCACUUUGAAGGACUGUUAUGCCGGCACCUAGCAACACCAACGAACCUCUGGAGUAAUAAGUUGAUUCGCUUCUACGGCUGCUAAAGAAGAAAAAAACUGCCUUGGAUUCAGGGGAGGAGUUCUCAACCGGAAGUUUUGCCUCGGGAUUUGAGCACUUCCUGCUUGGUAACUAAGGGCGCGAAACGGUUGCUAGAACUCCGGUAGCAACUACCUCUGAGCUUUGCAGAGUUCUUGGGUUUGCCUCAGGUGCAGCUCACAAGCGGUACGCGAAAAGCGGUACGGCACCUUUUCUGAGAUUCCCCUGUCCGUUUGUCAUCAUGAGUAGUGAGUUCUUGGCGGAGCUGCAUUGGGAGGAUGGGUUCGCCAUCCCGGUGGCGAACGAGGAGAACAAGAUACUUGAAGAUCAGUUGUCAAAGCUGCAGGAUGAAAGGUCAAGCUUGCAAGAUCAGCUUCGUGACUAUGAAGAUCGAAUUAAUGCUAUGACUUCUCACUUCAAAAAUGUUAAGCAAGAGUUCUUAUUUACACAGUCUCUUUGCAAAGCCAGGGAGCAUGAGAUUGAAAGUGAAGAACACUUUAAGAUGAUUGCUGAAAGAGAACUGGGACGAGUGAAGGAUGAAAUUCAACGACUGGAAAAUGAAACGGCUUCAAUACAGGAAAAGAAAAGUGAUAAGGAAAAUUACAUCUUUAAAACUAUUCAAAAACUGGAUGGUUUGAAAUGUCAAAUGAACUGGGACCAGCAAGCAUUGGAGGCCUGGCUGGAAGAAUCAGCUCGUAAAGAUAGCGAUGCCUUCACUCUUCAGAAGUAUGCACAACAAGAUGAUAAUAAAAUUAGGGCACUGACCCUGCAAUUAGAAAGACUGACUGUGGAAUGUAAUCAGAGGAGAAAGGUACUUGACAACGAACUUGCAGAGACUCUAAGUGCACAGUUAGAAUUGGAUAAAGCAGCCCAAGAUUUUCGUAAAAUUCAUAGUGAAAGGCAAGAACUCAUUAAACAGUGGGAGAACACAAUAGAACAGAUGCAGCAGAGAGAUCGAGACAUCGAUAACUGUGCCUUGGCAUUAGCAAGGAUAAAGCAGGAGAUAAGAGAAAAAGAAAAUUUGGUUAAGGAAAAGAUCAAGUUUUUGGAAAGUGAGAUUGGGAAUAACACAGAGUAUGAGAAAAAAAUUUCUGUUGCUGAUCGCAAAGUUUUAAAAUGUAGAACAGAAUAUCAACGUCAUGAAACCAAUAGAAGCCAGCUGAAGGAUGAGCUGGAUUCUUUAAAAGCCACUGUGAAUAGAAGUUCCAGUGAUUUAGAAGCUCUGAGGAAAAAUAUUUCCAAAAUAAAGAAGGAUAUUAAUGAAGAAACAACAAGGUUACACAAAAUUAAAAAUCAUAAUCAGAUUGUAGGAAAAAAAUUAAAGCAGAUAACUGAGAAAACUAUGUCUGUAGAAGAGAAAGCUACCAACUUGGAAGACAUGCUAAAGGAGGAAGAAAGAGGUGUAAAGGAAGUAGAAGUUCAGCUGAACAUAUUGAAAGAUGUGCUAUUUAAGAAAGUUCGGGAAUUACAGACUGAGACAAUGAAAGAAAAAGCCAUUGUAUCUGAAAUCGAAGGAACCCGUUCUUCUCUAAAGCACCUCAACCAUCAGUUACAUAAACUGGACUUUGAAACCUUGAAGCAGCAAGAAAUUAUGUACAGUCAGGAUUUUUACAUUCAACAAGUGGAACGCCGAAUGUCACGGUUAAAAGGAGAAAUUAAUUCAGAAGAAAGACAAGCCCUUGAAGCAAAAACCGUUGAACUUAAAAAGACAUUGGAAGAGAAAAAAUCUACACUCAGCCUUUUGGAAGUACAGAUCAAGAAGCUUCAUAAUGAUCUUUAUUUUAUUAAGAAGUCAAAUAGUAAAAAUUGUGAUGAAAAGCAGUCUCUCAUGACCAAAAUAAAUGAACUAAACCUUUUCAAUGACAGAUCAGAGAAAGAACUUAAUAAAGUCAAAGCUUUGAAACAGGAUUUGAUGAUAGAAGACAAUCUUUUAAAACUUGAAGUUAAACGUGCUCGAGAAAUGCUCCACAGUAAGGCAAAAGAGGUUCUUUCUUUGGAAAAAAGAAAACAACAAUUACACACAGCUAUGGAAGAACGGACUGAAGAAAUUAAGGUUCACAAAACAAUGCUUGCAUCACAAAUAAGAUACGUUGAUCAAGAACGGCAAAACGUAAGUGCUGAGUUUCAUGAGCGGCUAAGUAAAAUUGAUAAGCUGAAGAACAGAUAUGAAAUUCUUACUGUUGUUAUGCUGCCUCCUGAAGGAGAAGAGGAGAAAACACAGGCCUAUUAUGUAAUAAAGGCCGCUCAAGAAAAAGAAGAACUUCAAAGGGAAGGUGACAGUUUAGAUGCUAAGAUCAACAAAGCUGAAAAAGAAAUCUAUGCUUUAGGAAACACCCUGCAAGUGCUGAACAGUUGCAACAACAAUUACAAACAAUCUUUUAAGAAAGUGACACCGUCUAGUGAUGAGUAUGAGCUAAAAAUCCAACUAGAAGAACAAAAAAGAGCUGUUGAUGAAAAAUACAGAUACAAACAAAGACAGAUCAGAGAACUACAGGAAGAUAUCCAGAGCAUGGAAAAUACCUUAGCAGUUAUAGAACAUGUAACAAAUAAUGUCAAAGAAAAAAUGUCAGAGAAGCAAGCUUAUGCACUUCAACUAAGCAGAGAAACUGAGGAGCAGAAGCCAAAAUUAGAGAGAGUAACUAAACAGUGUGCAAAACUCACCAAGGAAAUCCGUCUUUUGAAAGACACUAAAGAUGUAACAUUAGAAGAACAUGAUAUCAAACUUCGUGAAGUGAAACGGCUUCAUAAAAUCAUUGAUGAAAUGUUAGCUGAUAUUGCAGAAGAAAAUGCUGAGAUUGGUACUAUCCUUCAGACAUACUUCCAACAGAGUGGUUUAGAACUACCUACAGCUAGCACUAAAGGCAGUCAUCACAGUUCCAGAUCUCCUUCACAGACUUCACUGUUAUCAUCAGCAAGGUCACCUAAGAGUACAAGUACUUCUACUUCUCAGACUUCAAUUAAAGUAUUAGAGCUAAACUUCCCAGCCUCUCCACUAAUUGGCAGCACUUCUAGACCAGCGAGUGUUAGCAGUGGCUCCAGUAAUGGUAAAAGCAAAAAGAGCAACAAAUAAACACUUUAAUCUCUCUUUUGAACAAGUUAUAAACACAAAAACAAAAAUCUCAUAAUUUUAAAAUAGUAAUAUCCCAGGCUAUGGUUUUGAGUGCCACAUGUUUAUAACAGAGGUAGAGGCACACUCAGAGUGUUAGAAAUACAAAAUGACCAGAUGAAAGUUUUACCUAGUGGAAAACACAAAAAGUGUUUUUUUAAGUCAAGUAGUUUGGGUCCAAAUAGACCAAAGAAAUGUUUAACUUUCUUAGUUUUUUUCCUGCUAUUUUCUUCACAUAGAGGGAAAGCAGUAACAACAGCUUCUUAAUAAGGAUAUGUGUUAUACAGGCAUAGGGAGAUGAUGUUUUUCACUGUUAUUCUGAUGUUUGUUAUAUUAGAAAAAGUUGCUUCAUUAUUUCAUGCUUGCCAUGAAACUACUCUUACUUCUAACGUAACUGCAUCUUUCAGGAAGAAAUUCAAGAUUCACUGUACUAUAGUUUAUAACACUAUUAAAAUUCUUUUACAUUAGCAGAUCCUAAAAUUAGUUUUCUUUAUUAAAAGAAACAUACUUCCUGGACUUUGGGGGAAGAAAUCUAUUAGUUUCUCUUUGAGCAAAAUUUAAACAUUUUUAGUCAAAAACAAACAAAAAAACCCAAAAAAAACCCAUUACCUUCCUUUCCACAAAGAAAACUGACAGAAAAGAGAACCACUGUGUAUCAAUAAAAGUGUAGCUUAAAUUUCUAGAAAGUAGUCCACUCUGAUCCUGAAAGAAGUUAAACAUAUUAGAGAUUUUGCUUUUAAGAUACAACCAAGAAUGUAUUUUUCAAGACUUUCUUCAUUUAAUAAAAAAUUUAAAGGAAGCUCAGUGUGAUUAGAAUUGCAAUGGGAAUUCCAUAAAUUUGCAGAAAAGGCAGACUACCGGAUUUAGUUAUUCCGGUCAAUGCUUUAUUGUAACAUGCGCCUAACACUUUGAACUCUUGGAACUGAGGGUGAAGUAUGACUGUGUUAAAAAACUGAUUUUCAAAUAAACAUAUGAGAUUCUAUGUA